ACCGUUGUGGAAGUCGUUAGUCGACCGAUGAAACUAGAUCGUAACACAUCGUGUGGCCCUCUCUCUCUCUCUCCCCUUUUUUCCUGGCCGUGUAUGUGUGUGUGUUUGUAAACACAAGCUCCUCCUUGUUGUGCAGGUGUUGUCCUUCUUGUGCCACGCGUCCGAAUGCCUUCUGUUGCUCCAAAAGAUAGUGGAGAAUCUCGUUCCAUUUAUCUGUCACUUUCCAGCACUUAAGAGUGAUUUUAUUUUAAGAAAACUGGGAAACUUUCUACCGCUCAUAGGUCCAUCUCAUCGACGAGACGACGACUUAUUUUAUUUUGUUUUAAUUAUUACCUUCCUUUUUUGUUGUUGUUGUUGUUCCUUUUCUAAGAAAUCAUUUAAAUUCAUUGUUUUGUGACAAAUAACGCGAUGGCGAAUCAUAAAUUAAAAUUCGGUGGUGUGGAUAAUUUAGCCUGGGUCAAUGAUGAAGACGAAGCGAAUUCGAGUUCGAAAGAUAUUCGACCUCAACAUUCGAAAAUUGGAGUGACGGUGAGUUCUCCGCCGGCACUGCGGAUCAUCGAUCAGUCGGGAUCGUUGAAGAAAAUCGCCGAUCAUCCAGACGACAAAUUGCCGCCCACUUUAUCAAAUGAAGACAACGAUCAGCUGAUGGAUUUCGAUGAUGUCCUGCCUUCCGUUGGCGAAUUUGGAACUUAUCAAAUCAUCCUGUUCUUUCUGACUGCGCCGUUCUGCUUCUUCCUGGCCUUUUCAUACUUCAGCCAGGUGUUUAUCACGCUCAUCGACGUUCACACGUGUCACGUCCCACAACUCAAUCAAUCAGGGCUCAACCUGACUCAAAAGAGAGCAAUUAGCAUCCCACUGGUGACGCAGACAGUGUUGGGCGGUCCUCCGGCCUUCGACAGUUGUACCAUGUACGAUGUCGAUUAUGAAUUAGUCCUGCGUGAGGGAUUGGUACCCAACGAGACGUGGCCGACGACCCCUUGCCGAAAUGGAUGGGAUUACGACCUGGAACAAAUUCGCUACCAUUCAGCCAUCACAGAAAACGAUUGGGUGUGUGAAAAGGCCGGUCACGCUCCCUUGGCGCAAGCUGUCUUCUUUUUGGGGAGUAUCGUCGGUGGCAUCGUGCUCGGUUACAUCGCUGACCGUUUCGGUCGCAUUCCUGCCCUCAUCCUGUGCAACUUGAUCGGUGCAUUGGCCGGCAUCAUUACCGCCGUCUCCAAGAGUUUCGGCUUGUUCACCUUUUCCCGUUUUCUAAUGGGCAUCGCCUUCGACAAUUCAUUCACGCUCAUGUACAUUCUCGUGCUGGAAUACGUGGGACCCACUUACCGGACGCUGGUGGCUAAUUUGUCCAUCGCUUUGUUUUACACGGCCGGCACGACUAUUUUGCCAUGGAUCGCUUGGGGCAUUAGCGAUUGGCGAAUGUUCAGUUUGGCCACUUCCAUUCCAAUGGCAUCGGCAAUCGCCGCUUACUGGAUCGUUCCCGAAAGUGCACGGUGGUUGCUGUCUCAAGGGCAAACUGACCGGGCCGUUUCCAUAUUGAGGACUUUCGCUCGCAUCAACAAGAAGCAGGUCGACGAGAGUGUCUACGAAAAUCUCAAGACUUCCACUGAAGAGGCUAUUCAGGCCAGCUCGAAGGAGCCCGCUCAAACGGUACUCGAUUUACUCCGGACGCCUCGGCUAAGACGGAAUACCAUCCUGCUGACGUUACUCUGGGCCUUGAUUGCUGUCGUUUACGAUGGUCACGCUCGUAACACGGCCAAUUUGGGAUUGAGUGUCUUUCUGACAUUCAGCGUGGCGUCCGUCACGGAACUUCCAGCCGAUUUGGUCCUGGUUUUCUUCCUGGACCGUUGGGGUCGCCGAGCUUUGGCCUUCGGUUCUCUCCUAUUUGCGGCCAUUUUCAGUUUGGCCACUUUGGCCGUCCCCAACAACCAAGCUGUUUUGACGGCCGUUUUGGCAAUCAUUGGCCGUUUUUGCGUCAACAUCACUUUCAACAUUGGCCUGCAAUAUGGCGCCGAGCUGAUACCGACGUCCGUUCGUGCCCAGGGCAUUGCUUACGUUCACAUUGCUGGUUACGUUGCGGCUAUCGUUUCACCCUACAUCGUCGAUCUCGCUAGAAUUAGUCCGAUUUUGCCACUUACCAUUCUCGGAUUGCUGGCCCUGAUUGGAGCUAUUGUUGGACUCAUGUUGCCCGAAACGCUGGGCGCCGUUCUGCCCGAAACGAUCGAGGACGGUGAAAACUUUGGCAAAGAUCAAACAUUCUGGGAUUUCCCAUGUUGUCAACGACCAGUGGAGAUCACACCUGAUUCGAGUUCGAUUGGCGAAUCACCUGCUGCAAGCGCCGAUACGACAGCAAUUAGUCCCAGGUUUGCCCGCGGUCCUGCUCACCGAGUUAAUUCUUUACGGGCAUCCAUCCGAGGCGAAGGCUUCCGCUCCAGCUUGUUGGCUCGUCAACGACGCCAAACGCACAAUGCUAACGAAAAUGAACCUGUUAGACAAACGACUUCGUUGUCGACCCAACCGAUCGACAAGAGAGCGUUAACUUCACAUGGAAAGCCCUGAGAGCCAUGUGUCAAUAUUAUUUUUUUUUUUU